GUCGACUGUACAAUCUAAUCAUAUUUUUGAAUCAUCGUAUAUGAUUAUUUUAUAUUUUCCAUAGAGUCUGAAUUACUAGCGAGUAAAUUAAUGAGUCUAGAUUCUUGUCAAGCUUCUUCUAAACAAUUACAAAAGAUUUCAGGAAGUGGAACUAGUUCUAAAGAUAUAAAUGCUAUUCAGAAUAAUCAAAUGAAGAUGAACUGUGUAGGAAAUAGAUUGAUACCACCGGAACAAAUGAAGUGCAAUAUUUUAAAAGCUAAAAUUGAAGAAGAAUUGAAAAAAAAUACAGUCAAUUGUGACAAAGUUCUUCCAUUAGUUUCUUCCGAAAAUCCUCCAAAACAAAUAAUUGAUGAAAUAAAUAUGGGAUCUAAAAAAAUGAAAUUAUGCUGUAUUCAAAGCAGGGAUUCAUUCAUUUCUGAUGUGCCAAAUAAAUCUUUAUUGACUUCAGACAGAGAUGCUGUAACAUGUGAUACUUGCAUAAAAGCAAGAGGAUUCACAAAUGAUACUCAGUCUCUUUCAUCUAUGUCUGACAAUCAAUUUUAUUCUGUGGAAACGUCAUUUGCGGGUGUGAAUCCAGUGACUCGUGCUGUUUCUUCAGUUAGUUCCCAAACAAUUUCAGUGCAAGCCCUGAACAGACCAACCUGCAGUAGUAUGAAUUCCCAAUUAUCUCCCUGGCAUGUUAUAGAUGAAGGAAAAUCUCUGAGAUCUACUAAUUUGAACUGUAGAACAAUUAUGACAACAGAACUUUGAGAAUAAUUUUGUUCCAUCCGUAGAGAAUUUGUACAAAUUUUUAUAUAAUAAGUUCUAACUAUAUUAGAACAUUCCAAGUUAUUUAAAUUCAAAUGCUGAGUUGUGAUAAAACAGUUUAUAAUUGUUUUCAGUAUAAAACUUCUGAACUUUUGAAAUAAAUUUUACAAUU